UUUGGAGAAACGCCUGCUUCGCGGCAUAGGGGUAGGGGGGAUGAUUCAAACCCCUUGAUCUUGACUUUUUCUUCGAGGGACACGGCGGUGCGGGGGGGACUGAGGUGCUGGGCGAGGUCACGAACGCUUUUUACGGUGACGAAAAAACAGCAACAGCGAUAUCCUGGGCGAUAGGAAGGCAGGAAAGAGAAAACCGUAGGUCACAAAUAGUGUGUCUAAUUUCUUGAUAAUUUGAUUCUUGUGAAGGCGCAUACAUCGAAACCCAGGGGAUACGAAUAUAUUACACCCGGGUGUGGAUGGUCGUGUGAGCUCUGUCCAGUUCACGGCAAGGCACCCCAACCAACACCAUGGGUAGGCGCACGAAGAAGGUGGGAAUCACCGGGAAGUACGGUGUCCGGUACGGUUCGUCGCUCCGUAAGGUCAUCAAGAAGAUCGAGAUCACCCAGCACGCCAGGUACACGUGUCCCUUCUGCGGAAAGGACACGGUCAAGCGCAUGGUGACCGGAAUCUGGAAGUGCUCCGCCUGCCGGAAGGUCUCUGCGGGCGGCGCCUACACGCUGAACACCCCCGCGGCGGUGACCGUGCGAUCCACCAUUGCGCGCCUGCGCAAGGGCGCUACGGAGACUGGAAAAUAAUCUGUUUUUUCUUGAUGUCGAGUUCGGAUAGGAACGGAGAAGGUUCUGUGGAUGGGGAUGCCAACCCUCUCGGGGUUUGAUACAAUGCCGAAGUGAACCAUUCUUACAUUUUUCCUGUUGUGUUCGAGCGGUGUUGAGAAUACCGUUCUGAUGCUAAGGCAGCGUCGGUCGAUCGACCCCUGUACGGUGGGAUGCCCGCAGAUGAUGCUUCGCGUUGGCCGCUCUUUUUUCGGAGACGCGCGUGCGUCAGGAGUGGCCGCGCUUGUUCUUACCAGCAAGGGAGCGACGCCGUACACUUACCCCGAAAUCCUCCUGGCGUCUUGUAUGUGUCCCGAGUUGUGGCCCUUUCGCUGGGUCACGCUGCGCACGUGCGUUUUUGUGUGAUGACGAUGCCACCCUCGUGUCUCACCGACGCCGUGCAGUGCACCCGCACCAUCCUUGUGCGCUUAGUCCAACUUGGUCAGCCGCACUGCUUGGAUGUGACUGCACCGUAGCACCGUUUUUGUUGGAUCACAACGUGUAGGCACGAGAGUAUUUUACCACCAAUAGUUGUACAUGUCGGCGGUGCCUUUUUCCUGAUAUCAAGGAACGGAUAUGGCAAGUCAAGCCUGACCGUUGUCGUUGUAGGACUGCGGUUGUGCGCACCGUGACUUUCUCACACAAGAAUCACUAAACGCAAACGAUGCUACAGAAUACCUCGGAGACCUUCGGAGUGCCUUGGCACAGCAUUGCAGACCCUCUACUCUGUAGUUCUGACGCUUUCGUUGUUCCUCUCGAUGUUCGGUGUGUGUUGCACAGAUUGCUGGCCAGUGCCGAUGUUUCCCUGAUGCACCCUUGCCGUCAGUGUUGCUGUUGAUGUUCACGACCUGGAUUCAAAACAGGCCCCAAAUACUUCAAGUCCCCA